GAUGAGAGAUGGAACGCCAGCGGAAACGGUGAAUUUCUUAACAAAAGGUCAACAAUUGAGAAAGGUUAAGCGAUCGGGAAAAGUGUAUUUGAGAACGUUUCUCUUCGAUACUGAACUCUUAAGAAUAGGAUAUAGAGACCGUAUUUGUACAACGAAUAAAAUAAACUUGUAUUUAAAAUCUCAUAAAAUAGGUUCGAAGAAAUUUAGCCAUUGUGCUUCAGGAUCGCCAAAUUAUAUAAUUCGUCUACAAGAUAUACAAGAAGUUAGAGAGGGCUUUAAUUCCGAAGUAUUUACAAAAUGUCAGAAGGGUGGCCAAGGAGCGAAUGGAGCUGACGAAUCCCAAUGUUUUUCCAUCGUUAUUGGAUCGAAAUACAAGACUAUUGAUUUAAUUGCGCCAGACAAGCAAAAAAGAGAUCAAUGGGUUCAGGGUAUUCGUGGCCUAAUGCGAAAAAUGCAACAAGCCUCUCCAGCUGAACUACAUCAAUUGUGGUUGCAAGCACUAUUUAUGAAAGCUGAUAAGAACAAUGACAAGGAAUUAAGUCUAGCCGAAAUAUGCGAAUUAUUAAAUGACGUAAACAUUCGAAUCGAUAAGAGCAAUGCUAAAAAGCUAUUCGAGCAAUCGAAUACCGAUACUUCGAAUAGAACUAGAAGGGGAGAGGAAACCCUCAAUCAAGAAGAGUUUUUACAUUUCUAUAAGCUUAUUACGAAUCGUGAAGAAUUAAAAGCUAUUUACGAUAGAUACAAUAAGAAUGGCGACGAAUUUUUGGAUGUCAACGAAUUAACAUCAUUUCUGGUUAACGAACAAAAGAUGAAUGUUACUAUGGAACAAGUUAUUCACUAUAUUAGAGAAUUUGAACCUUGUCCCGAAUUGGGUGAAGAUGGAAAAUUAGGAUUGGAUGGUUUCCAUUUGUUUCUGACGAAAAACGACAAUAUGCUAAUUAAGAAUCAGGCGCACGAACAAGAAGUCUACCAUGACAUGACAAGACCUUUGAGCAAUUAUUUUAUUGCCGCAAGUCACAAUACAUACUUAACAGGAGAUCAAUUGGCGAGUAGGAGUAGCGUUGAAAUGUAUAUUAAGGCCCUAAGACAAGGGUGUCGAUGCGUUGAACUGGACUGUUGGGAUGGACCAAACGGUGAACCAAUCGUUUAUCAUGGAUAUACCGCUACAACCAAAAUUUUGUUUGAAGAUAUUAUUAAAGCAAUAAAGAUGUCGGCUUUUGAAACAUCCAAGUACCCGGUUAUAUUGUCUAUUGAAAAUCACUGUUCUGUUGAACAACAGAAGAGGAUGGCCUAUCAUAUGACAUCAAUUCUUGAGGAUAUGCUGUAUGCUACACCGUAUCCCAGAGAUAUGGCACAACUUCCAUCUCCCGAAAGUCUUGUCGGUAAGAUACUUGUAAAGGGGAAAAAAUUGCCGGAAACCGUCGAAAAAGACGACGAUGGCGAGGUAACUGACGAAGAUGAAGCAUCACAAAUAGACGAUCCGUCAGUUAAGGAGAAAAUGGCCGAAAAGAAGAGUAGUAAAAAACUAAAAUUGGCUAAGGAAUUAAGUGAUUUGGUUGUAAUUUGUCAAAGUGUACACUUUAAAAGUUUCGAAGAUGCCCGAGAGAAAGGUAAUUGUAAACAAAUGUCGUCGUUUACGGAGGAUGCCGCGCUCGAAUUAUGCGUUACUAAACCUAAAAAAUACUUAAGACAUAACAGAUGUCAAUUGAGCAGAAUUUAUCCAAGUGGACUAAGAGUUGAUUCAACCAAUUACAAUCCAAUACCUAUGUGGGCUUGCGGCUGUCAAAUAGUUGCACUUAAUUACCAAACCAACGAUACACCUAUGCAAAUGAAUAGCGCCAAAUUCCAAGAUAAUGGUAUGACUGGUUACCUUUUAAAGCCAUCAUUUAUGUUGAGAGAAAGUCCUUUUAUGGCUGGUGAACCUAGAGAUUGUCAACCUAUCAAUUUGACUAUAACGGUGAUAAGCGGAUCGCAAUUGCCAAAAAAGAAAAGCGAUUCUGCCGAUAUUAUUGACCCCUAUGUAAAAGUACAAGUUUACGGUCUACAAGUUGAUUCCACUUCGCAAAAUACGACGAUUGUCAAGAAUAACGGCUUUAAUCCACAAUGGAAUUGUAAACUUAGUUUUCAUCUGAAUGUACCAGAAAUGGCAUUAAUCAGAUUUAUCGUAUUCGAUGAAGAUCAGUUUUCCAACAAUGAAAAGGUUGGCCAGUACACUUUACCUUGUACCAGCUUGCUUCCCGGUUAUCGCACUGUACCACUUACUGAGAAGGAUGGCAGUACAAUUUAUGGAUCAUCUCUAUUUGUCCACGUAGACAUUACAUAUUUGAACCGUAUUGAAUGA